AUGGCAGAAACUAUCAAUAAGAAAAGAAGAGGGCUCUACAGAGGCGUUAGAUAUCAAGAGAAUGUUUCACCGCAAGUAAAACCGAACCGAUGGGUCAAGGAAUGGCAAGAUUUGGGUAUGGAUAUUAUCGACUUCAGUUUUUGGACACAUGCCAACUUGCAAAUAUUGAUUGAGCCGCUUGAGAACCA